AUGUUCUCUCGCGUCCUACCUCCCUCGGCAUCCCGGCUUCUCUACCGGCCGUCUUCAAUCCAACCUCGCUCGCCAGGCUCACCUUUGUCAUUCAUUCUCAAUGCCCGUCUGUUGUCAUCUGAAACUCGGACAGCGAUUGAUAAGGCUGUCGCGUCUGCCCCUGUUGUUCUCUUUAUGAAGGGUACUCCGGAGACUCCUCAGUGCGGGUUUUCCCGGGCCAGCAUACAAAUCCUGGGAUUGCAAGGCGUUGAUCCCAAGAAGUUCGUUGCCUUUAAUGUUUUAGAGGACCCAGAGUUGCGUCAGGGUAUCAAGGAAUAUUCCGAUUGGCCCACGAUCCCCCAAUUAUACCUCGAAAAGGAAUUCAUUGGUGGCUGCGAUAUUCUGAUGUCGAUGCAUCAGAAUGGGGAGCUUGCCAAAAUGCUGGAAGAAAAGGGAGUACUGGUGGCAGCCGACUAA